AUGCAGACCACCUGGGCGACUGAAACUCGAAGCCGCUUCCCGGCGGUUGUAGGGACCGGCCAGGCUUAUAUGGAUAAUGCGGGUGGAAGUCAAGUCUUGGACGUUGUAAUUGACUCUAUAAAAGAUUAUUUGUCCAGUACGAAUGUCCAGCUCGGAGCUUCGUACGUUGUCGGCAAUAAAUCGAACCAACUCUUUGCUACUGGUCUUCUCGCUUCCGCCAAAUUUAUAAACGCAGACCCCGGAGAAGUUGUCCUCGGAAGUGCUUCCACCCAACUUCUCCACAACCUUUCCUCCGCCUUAAAAUUCCCAGCGGGCAGCGAAAUUAUUGUUUCAGCCACCGAUCAUGAGACCAACAUCGCGCCCUGGCUCCGUCUCGCGGAAAACCAAGGCCACACCAUUAAAUUCUGGAAUCCAAGCCCAGCCCACGAAUGGACGCUCCAGCUCUCCGAUCUCGAGCCCCUCCUCUCUCCAAAGACCGUUUUAGUAGCAUUCACAAAUUGCUCUAAUAUCACAGGAACAAUCCAUGAUGUCAAGAGUUAUACUAAGUUUAUUAGGGAGAAAUACCCGGAUAUACUUGUGGCCAUAGAUGGUGUUGCGUUUACCCCGCAUCGUCCAAUCGAUGUUAAGGCUCUGGGAGUGGACUUUUUCGUGUUCAGUUGGUAUAAAGUCUACGGUCCGCAUAUUUCGCUUUUAUAUGCUGCCCCGAGGACACAAAAGUUUAUUACUCCGCUGUCGCAUUUUUUUAAUCCGAAAGAUACUUUGUUCGAUAAGUUGAAUUUAGCUGGAGGGAAUUACGAGCUGACGGCUUCAUUGCCCCACCUCGUCGAAUUUUUAACGCCUCAUACAUGGGAAGAGAUCAAAAGGCAGGAGGAAGUACUUUCGAAGACCUUCAUUGAUUGGGUUCUCAGCCGGCCCGAUACGACACUUUAUGGAACCAAGGAAACAAGCAGCGAGAAGAGGGUUCCUGUACUGAGUUUCUCGGUAAAAGGAUGGGGAAGUAAGGAUCUUGUCGAAGCAGUAGAGAAAGAGGAUUCGAGAUAUGGUAUUCGGUGGGGACACUUCUAUGCGAAGAGAUUGAUAGACUCGUUUGGAUUGGAGAAGCCAGAUGAGGGGAUUGUGAGGGUUAGUUUGCUGUUUUAUAAUACCGUUGAAGAGGUGGAAGGGUUGAUUAAGGUCUUUGAGAAGAUUUUGGGCAGCAAGUAA